CUGUGACGUUCGCCAUGGAACCUUGACUGCCAUGCGGCCGCCCCACCGUCCUUGCCCGCUAGACAAUAUCCAAGGAUUGCACGAGGAUCGAGCUAGAGUAGGUAUUAGGUACUACCGUAUUAGGGCAGGAGGACAGGGUGGAUCAUUCCCUUUUAAAUCGAGCACAGCAUCUCCUUUGUGGCGUCGUUGCAGCCUCCAAUCCCUUGAAAAGAAUCAGAUUUUCGGGGCUUUUGGCAUGGAGGACGCGGCAGCCAGGAAAGCGCGGUUGAAAGCUUUGAGGGAGGCCGCAGAGCUGAGCGCUCGAGCUGAGGAGGAGCUGGAGACUGGUGCUCGGGAUGAGGAAAAUGGAGCGGACGAGCCUGAGAAUGAACAGGGGGUCCGGUUUCGAAAUUACCUGCCCCGAGAUGAGGAGCUCCAGCGCCAGCGGGAAGUAGGGCCGAUCAUCCCCAAGUUUGAAGACCCAGUGGCAAAGUCCCCAACCGAGAUAGACGACCCAGAGGAUCCCCUUGGCAGUAUAGCGCCAAAGAAGCCCAACUGGGACCUGCGGAGAGACGUUGCCAAAAAGUUGGAAAAGCUUGAAAGGCGGACACAACGGGCCAUGGUAGAGCUUCUUCAAGAGGAAGAAAAGCGGAGACAGGCCGUUUCGGAGGACCAGCAGGUUGUUUUGCAAUAGUCCUGGUAUAAGUAAUUGAGCUGUAUCGGACGACGGAAGGUACUAGACACUGUAACAUUGUCAAUCAACCUGGAAAAAGGUCGCUCGGUCUUUCUUAUUCCAAUUGCAGAAUCCAUGCGACUUUUGUGAAGUAUUCAUAGUAUGCGCCAAGUAGUUGCAGAACUCAGUAAUGACAUCGGUG